GCCCCCUGAUGGUCCUCAGGUUCCUUCCCGCUCACACCGGAGUCACUUCCGAAGAGAGAACCGCCAUGAAGAGAGUAGGGGGUGCCGCCCACCUCUGCACCGACAGCCUCCCCGAGUCCCAGCAGCAAGACGGCAACCACGCACCCAGCUUCUCCAGCCACAGCUCAUGCCGCCGUCGCCAGCGGCGCCGACAUGACAAGGCGCUGCAUGCCCGCUAGGCCAGGUUUCCCCUCAUCCCCAGCCCCGGGGUCGUCGCCCCCGCGCUGCCAUCUGAGACCCGGUAGUACCGCCCCUGCUGCAGCAGGAAAAAGAACAGAGAGUCCUGGGGACAGGAAGCAAUCAAUCAUAGAUUUCUUCAAGCCAGCUUCAAAACAAGACAAACAUAUGUUGGAUUCUCCUCAAAAAUCAAAUAUCAAAUACAGUGGAAAUGGAUUAUCCAUCACUGGGACAGAGCGAUUUGAAAGGAAAUUAUCUUCACCAAAAAAAACUAAACCCAAAAGAAUGUCAUCUGAAGAAAGUCCUAUUUUAGAAGCUUUCAUGAAAGGUGGGAAAGAGCACCACAAAGAUCGUGGUAUCCAUGAGUCACGUCGGCCUUGUAUAUCUCUAAGCACCAAAUAUUUACCCAAAGGAGCGGGCAUCUAUGCACCUUCCUCUUAUCGAUUGCCUAAAGAGAUCAAGGCACGGAAGAAAAAACACCGGUCUCCUGAGAAAAGAAAGUCACUGUUCAUUCAUGAAAGUAACAGGGAGAAGAAUGACAGAGAUCGAGGGAAGAACAGUGAAGACUCCAGAAAACAUUCCCCGGCCACAGAAGGUGACAUCUUCAAGAACAGCUCCAGAAGUAUUAGUAGCAGAAGCAGCCUAUCCAGGCACCAUCCAGGAGAAAGCCCAUUGGGGGCUAGGUUCCAGUUGUCAUUAGCUUCCUACUGCCGAGAGCGAGAACAGAAGAAGUUGAGAAAAGAACAAAUGGAGCAGAGAAUCAACUCAGAAAAUUCUUUCUCAGAAACAAGCAACCUUUCCUUAAAGUCCUCCGGUGUAGGGAAAAAAUGUAAGCCAAGGCAUGAGCACAGCAAACACAAUGAGGCUGUACCUGGGAAGAGUAAUCUCUCAAAUCUGGAAAAUGGACAUCUCUCAAGAAAAAGAUCAUCUUCAGACUCGUGGGAACUUUCAGGCUCUAAACAGAAUAAAUUCUCCGACAAAAGAAAAAGGAACUCUGUGGACUCAGACCUGAAAAGCACAAAAGAACCUAUCAUACCAAAAGCAAAAGAGCCCUUUCUAGAGAAGCGCCCAGACACAUGCCAUCAGAGAGACAAGUUUAUAAGACACAUUGCACUGAAGACUCCUGGGGGUGUUCUGCGCUUGGAAGAUAUAGCCAAGGAACCUGAUGACGAAACAGAUCGCUCUUCUGCAGACUUGGCACCAUCAAAUUCUGGCCACCAUUCUUCCAGGAAUAGUGACCAAGUCCACGCAGCAAGUACCAAAGAGACUAAAAUACAGAAACCCCACUUACCUUUACCUCAGGAAAAAUCUACAAUUAAAAGAGCUAGCAAUCUUCAGAAAAGUAAACCAGCUUGCUCUGUGACAUCAAAAGAGACAAAGCUACCUUUACUUUCCCAUGUUCCAAGUGCUGUUUCCUCUCGAGUACCGCUAAAUGCUAAAAAUUGCACUCUUCCAGUUCCUAAAAAAGAUAAAGAGUGUUCCUCCUCAAAAGAACGUUCUGGGCAUUCUACAGAAUCCUCCAAACACAAGGAACACAAAGCAAAGACUGUUAAGGCUGUUUCUAAUGAAUCUUCAGGGAAAAAUUCUGGGGGAUCUUUGCAUUCAGAGUGCGACCCUCCAGCAGCGUCUCCCCCAGCUGCCUUGGAAGUUGUGCCGUGUGUCCCAAGCUCUACAGCACCUUCAGAUAAAGAGAGUUCAGGCAAUUCCAAUGCAGGUAGCAGUGCACUGAAAAGGAAAUUCAGGGGUGAUUUUGAUAGUGAUGAAGAAAGUUUAGGUUACAACUUAGAGAGUGAUGAGGAAGAGGAAACACUAAAAUCACUGGAAGAAAUAAUGGCUCUGAACUUCAGUCAGACUCCUACGACUUCAGGAAAGCCUCCUGCAUUUUCCAAGGGGCUUAGAUCCCAGUCGUCAGACUACAUGGAACAUGCUCAGAGUGGAACUUACACAAAUACCUUAGAGCGACUGGUAAAGGAGAUGGAAGACACACAGAGGCUAGAUGAACUACAAAAGCAGCUACAGGAAGACAUAAGACAGGGCCGUGGCAUUAAAUCUCCUAUCAGAAUUGGUGACCAGGACAGUACAGAUGAUGAGGAUGGCCUCUUGGAAGAGCACAGGGAAUUUCUAAAGAAAUUUUCAGUUACAGUUGAUGCUAUUCCUGAUCAUCAUCCAGGUGAAGAAAUAUUUAAUUUCCUCAAUUCUGGAAAAAUUUUCAAUCAGUGUACCUUAGAUUUAAGAGACUCUGGUUUUAUCGGAGAAAGUCCUGUGGAAAAGCUUAUUCUCAAAUCAGGAAAACAAGAUCAGAUUUUUUUGACAACCCAAGGCUUCCUUACCACUGCAUACCAUUAUGUCCAGUGUCCUGUACCUGUGUUAAAGUGGCUGUUUCGGAUGAUGUCGGUUCACACGGAUUGUAUUGUGUCAGUGCAGAUCUUAAGUACACUGAUGGAAAUAACCAUUAGAAAUGAUAAUUUCAGUGACUCUCCAGUUUGGCCCUGGAUCCCAUCAUUGUCUGAUAUAGCAGCUGUAUUCUUCAACAUGGGCGUUGGUUUUGGAUCUUUGUUUCCUCUGGAGACUCUUCAACCAGACUUUAAUGAAGACAAUCUAAUUUCUGAAACACAGAAAUCACUGGGGGGAAAAGGAAGUGAAGAUUCAUCUUAUAAUCCAGUAUUUUCAGCUCUUCCUGAAACCAACAUUUUAAAUGUGGUUAAGUUCCUGGGCUUAUGUACAUCUAUACAUCCAGAAGGUUACCAAGAUGGAGAAAUAAUGUUGCUGAUUUUAAUGCUGUUUAAAAUGAGUUUGGAAAAAGAGCUUAAACAGAUUCCAUUAGUAGACUUUCAGAGCCUCCUGAUAAAUCUCAUGAAAAACAUCAGAGAUUGGAACACAAAGGUUCAUGAACUCUGUCUAGGCAUAAAUGAACUCUCCAGUCAUCCCCAUAACCUUCUGUGGUUGGUACAGCUAGUCCCUAACUGGACAUCUCGUGGAAGGCAGCUGAGGCAAUGUCUCAGUCUGGUGAUCAUUUCAAAGCUUUUGGAUGAAAAACAUGAAGAUAUUCCUAAUGCCAGUAAUCUUCAGGUCUCAGUCCUACAUCGCUAUCUAGUGCAGAUGAAGCCUUCUGAUUUGUUGAAGAAAAUGGUCUUGAAGAAAAGGGCCGAACAGCCAAAUGAAACUAUUGAUGACAGUCUUCAUUUAGAACUUGAAAAGCAGGCAUAUUACCUGACCUACAUUCUUCUUCAUUUAGUUGGGGAAGUUAGUUGUUCUCAUUCUUUUUCUUCUGGACAACGGAAACACUUCGUGCUGCUUUGUGGGGCUUUGGAAAAGCAUGUUAAGUGUGAUAUUAGAGAAGAUGCAAGACUUUUCUACAGAACUAAAGUGAAAGACUUGGUUGCCAGAAUACAUGGAAAAUGGCAAGAAAUAAUCCAGAACUGUCGGCCUACUCAGGGGCAGCUUCAUGACUUCUGGGUGCCAGAUUCGUAACAGAAGCAAAAAGCAGCAAAAAUACAAAAUUCGAAGGGCCUUUCCAAGAGGAUUACUGUGGAAUCCAGCAGAUGCUGAGGAACACGGCUGUGUGCCACCUGCAUGUGUAGUGUGAGGCUGGUGAUGAAGACUUGCCAGUUUCUGAAGCAGAUAUGAAAUGCCAUCUGCAGCGACUGUAGUGGAAAGACCAGGGAUCAAGCAAAGGAGGGGAGGCUAGAAGCAGCUGAUAGCUGCGGAUCCAGCCUGCCCCUCCUGGCACCUCUUGAUAAGUUGUCAGCAGUUAUCUUGUAAGGUGGCUUCAUAACACUUGGAUCAUCACAGAAAUAAGGAAGAAAAGUGUGGACCAGCUUGCGUUGGACGUUGAAAUGAAGGCCUACGUCCAGCUGAUUUUCAUUUCCCUUCUGGUUAUUUUAGGGUGCAAAGGGAAGGCUUAGAAUAGAGCCCUGUAAUUAGAAGUGUUGGUCUCUUCUAUAACUCCAUAAACCGUAAGCAGUUUCAGCCCAUAUAUAUCCUUUAGUAUUCAAGAUUAUAAAUCUGAGAUUUUUAAAUAUAUUUAAAAUCAAGGAACAGACAUCUGGUGUGUUGUCAGACUGCCCUUAGAGGAAGAGAUUAAGCUACAAAGUAGUGACUGUUUUUAAAGUGCCAGAACAUCCAUAGGCAGUUUGUUUAGGGUUUCUUGUAAUGCAUAUAUUUUUAAAUACUGGUUUAAUCAUAAACUCUCAGCUAAGCUAGAAUUCUGGCCAUUGGUAACUAUAUUACAGAAGUCUCUAUAAAAGGCUUAAAAAUCUGGAAAUUUCCAAAAUCCUUGUUUCCACAAGUAUAUAAUUUAGCAGAGGCCUUGAUGGUGUUUAUUUUGGGGACUGUGUGUGUGUGUGUGUGUGUGUGUGUGUGUGUGUGUGUGUGUGUAUGCGCGCUCGUGUGCAUGCACACUGGAGUUUGUAUCUUGAAGUUGUUGCACUUGAAAACCACAGCUGCUCUAAAUUCUUUUAAACACUGGAAAGCCAUCCUUUAGUUUAGAUGGUAGAGGUUAGCAGAAGUGCACAUGCUAGAUUGAGCCUUAGGCCCUUUGAAAACCUUGGUAGUGACACUCCUGCUGACCAGUGUCAGUUUGGGGAGGGUUUACUUCCUAAAAAGGAUGCCAACUGCUUAUUCUUUGAAUAUUGGCUGGAGCGAGCGGCUUGCUCCCUCCUGAGCGUGCUAAUGUCUGUGUGGGUCCAGGUCGGGGUGGUGGGAAAGGGAGCUGGGCUCAGUGUUAUGGUUUGAGAGGGGAAAAUAAGUUCUGAGAGCUAACUUUCUACCUCUAAACUGAGGCUUAGGAAUAAAAACCAUUUUCUCUUAAAUUCAUCAUUUAAAGUAGCAUUAGCAACUUUAGAGCUCAUGUCAAGCAUUGGGCAGUUAGAGGUUUCCUAGGGAAGACUACACAAAUCACAUUUUCAAGAAUUGAGGCUGAUCGAGGCUCCAAGAGUCAGACCAACAAAGGUUUUAUUCUGUGUUGAGUUUACUGGUAAGAAUAUUGUCUUGAUGCUACCUCUCAAGGGUAUUGUUACAAAUGCCACUAUGGUUAAAGAGAUAGAUACGAAGAGUUCUAUUUGACUGAAGCUUGAAACUCUGGCAUCUAUCUGCCCAACAGUGGGGCUUUCACUCUGUAAUUUAAUACCUUGUAGAUACAUUAUUUGUGUGUAAUUUUAUAAGUGUUCAUAUUUUUCUCAUUUUGCAUUGUGUAAAGUGUACAAAAUCUCAAAGUAUAAAAAUCUGCUUAUAUUGCUUGUAAUUACAGUGUGUAAAUAUUUUCUAUUGUGUACAUUGACGGGGACAAGUGGGUUAUUCAGGUUUUUAAGUGAUCCUUUUAUAUUGCAGUUUCAACCAAUAACCACCCAUCAAAUUUAAAACCACUUUGAUACAUUCUUAUUUAGCAGUUCCAAUAAGAAUAAAAUCUCUAUUUUUAAUUGUCUUUCUCCAUUAGAGAAAAAUACUUUAUCUGUCCCUUUAAAAUAAAUGGCCAGACAUCAGUUUAGGCCUCUGUAUUUAUGACUCUGGUAGCACUCAGUCUUCAGCCUCCAGGUCAUAGUCCAGUCAGUAUUUACAUUUGGUUCUCGUGGAAAUGUUGUGGUUCUAUUUUAGCACAAAUAGCUCAUGGUUUUCCUCCCAAAUCAAGUAUUUUCCAUCUCCUUCCGAGUCCCCAUGCAUUGGCUCCCUCUGCCUGUUGUUGCCCAGGAAAUGGAAUGGGAGAGAGGGAGAAAAUGCUCAUUGCACAGAGACUGUCAGGCCAUACUUGGGACUUGGCAAACAGAGCUUGCACUGAGUGGUGGUGUGUUUGGCAAUAUUACUGUGCCAAAAAUAAUCCUUGUCUAAUUUUCUGGAUGUGUAUGUCAAACUUUUUACCCUUACUGCAAGCUGAAAAUUAAAGUACUUGUGUUUCUGCUUUUGUGUGUAACUGUUUGCCUUUUCUGACCUGCUUUUCUUGUUACCUGAAAAUACAGUUCUGUAAUCCAUGUUAAGUGAAGAGGCUUUCUGUGCACAAAAUCACCUGUGUAGCACUGAAGUCAGUGGUGUGCAUUGUUUUGUCUGUGUCCUGAUGGCAACGGUGCCUUUGUCACCUUUCAGAAGGUUGGCUUUUUUUUUUUUAAUGCAAGUAGUAGCUUGCUUUUGACUUCACAAAAAAAUAUAUAUAUGUAUCUCCCCAGUAAUGAUAGAUAAGAUAGUUACCACCCAGGCUCUGUUGAAGCAUUUGGGGUUUUUUGUUUGUUUGUUUUUGUUUUAGGUUUUUUUUUUUCUUCCUCUGUCCCCCCAAUCAAACAGUUGGUGGGGGCAGUAAUGAUGUGUGGAGUCUAGAAACCAGGAGUAUUUUUAAGUUUAAAUCUGACUCAUUGACAAGCAGCUGAGUUGGAGACCUUGGCUUGUCCCUCAGGAGGCAAGGGUCGGGUACAGGUGGUGGGUGUGUGAGUCAGUCAGCACAAUUCGAUCUCGUGGGUAUGCUGACUCUGUGGUGCAGGAGCACCUCAUCUGUGCCUCAGUUUCCCCGGGGCAUUCUUGUCAGCCAGUUAAUCUACUAGCUCUUAGGCAGUAAAUGCAAUGUGUUGUGUUUUUUUUCCUUUAAAAUUUUAUACUGUCUUGUUUAAAGUCUUCUGAAUGUAUGUGUAUGUGUUAUUAAAACUUUUUUCUCAGCUUAA